AUGGUAUUCAGCAGGUCCUCGCGAAGGAACCCUGUCGCUCAGUUGGCAAGCAGUGCCAAAGGCUGCCUUUCCAACGUGAAUGAAGCUAUCAACCGGUCAACGUUUGGCCGCAUUUUCCGCCUGCGCGGCUCAGGACAUCCCGAAGAGAUCCGUCAUGCAAAUUUCGCGACAGAAAUCCGCGCUGGCCUUACGACCUUUGCGACAAUGGCAUACAUUGUUGCGGUGAACGUGAGAUUCCUGUACUACUACUUCGAAAAUGCCCUCCAAACCACAUAUCUCACCAUGACUUACAAAAGGCCUCGAUUCUUGUUGCAACAAACGGUACAUGUGUCUGUGAAGACCCGAACAAGGACGGAACCUGCGCAGACCCCGAGUUCCAAGUCUGCCUCAACGGGAUUUUGUGACGGCAACCGCCAUCGUCUCUGGGCUCGCUUCGAUGACCUUUGGAUUUCUCACUAA